UUCAGAAUUAGAAAUCAAUCCUGUUCAAAAUGAGCGAUGCUGAUGUCGUUGUGGACGUCUCAUCGCUGUUGCAGACGUCUUCCGCUGACAAUCCUGCUUCAUCACCAGCUGCAUCUUCCUCUCCUACGUCUCCCGAGCCCAAUGCAGCUCUCGCGGUCUCCAACGCCUCAGCAGUCGUGUCACACCAUGGCCACAGCCAUGGUCACCACUCUAACUGUCAGCAUUCUCACGUCCAAACUCCGUCCGAGGAGCAGGAGCCAAUGACCCCAUUGGAGGAAAUGUUCGCUUGUGCCAAACGCAACGAUCUGGCGCAGUUCGUGCAGCUGGUGGCGCAAUACGGUGACGAACUGGCGCGAGAACGACGAGACCCGCAAGGCCACACGAUCGCUCACUGGGCAGCGCAGAAGAGCAACGGCGAAUUCCUCCACUAUUUGCACUCCAUCGGAGCACCCAUCGAUGAGCCCAGCGAGGACGGGAAGGCGCAACUACACCCGAUCCAUUGGGCUUGUGCUGCGGGGAACUUAAGUGCUCUACGGACGCUGGUACUCAAGCUCGGAGUGGACAUUAACACGUGUGACGCCAAGAAACACCGUUCCCCAUUGCUAGUAGCGGCUCAGAAUGGACACCCACUGUUAGUAUUAUUCUGUGUACGUAACGGGGCGGAUGUGACGCUCGUGGACGCUGAUGGAGACACAGCUGUCCACUGGGCGGCCUAUAAAGGAGCGACUGAGAUCGUGGCAGUGUUCCAGUACCUUCAAGUAAGCUCCGAUGCACCAGACAAAUUCGGACAGACACCGUUGCAUCUUGCAGCUAUGAGAGGUGAGCUAGAGACCGUGCAGUUUCUAGUGGAGACGCUGGAUGCUGAUGUUAAAGCUCUGGACUCCAAGAAACGUACACCGAGAGAUCUGGCACAGCUCAAACGUUUCCGCGAAGUGGCGCGGUAUCUAAAGCAGCGGGAAAUGCGUGUUGCAGCGUGGAACAUUGCUGCCUUCACGUUUUGGUGUAACCCUGGCAGUCGAGCGCCGUAUCACUUCACUGUUGUUAACGCAGUGAUCACAACGCUGAUCUAUCUGUUCCUGGUCUUCCCACUUAUGCCAGAUCGACGCAAUGUGAUGGUACCACAUCUGGCGUGGAACGCGGUGACCUGGUACUUCUUCUAUCGCACAGUAACGACCAAGCCGGGUAGUUGUCCAGAGGACAAUAAAAAGUAUGGCGUAGCAUACGAGAAGGUCACAGAAGCUCUUAUCGAUGGCGAUGAUGAGGACGAAGACAAAACUGGAGAAAGCGCCACUGCUCGUGCGCAACGUGAAUGUAUGGAGCGUCCAUUAUGCCAUACGUGUCAUAUCCAGAGACCUCCGCGCUCCAAACACUGCCGUAUCUGCAAGACCUGCGUACCCGUCUUCGAUCACCACUGUCCGUUUGUAGACAACUGUGUAGGACGUGACAACUACGCGGCAUUCCUGCUAUUCGUGACGUUCCUGGCCUUAGAUCUGGUUGGGAUGGAGUACGUGCUCUACUUGUUGUGGCGCUAUCAUCACGCUCUACGCUUCUACGCUGUAAUUGGCAUGAUCUAUCUCCUGUUGAUCCUGCUACCAGUGGCUCAACUUGCGGGCUUCCACAUCUACCUCACUGCUCGAAAUCGCACGACCAACGAACUGCUCAAUGCUAAUCGCUACCGCUUUCGUGGAGGCGAAAUGCGUUCCUAUGACCGCGGUAUCGUCCGCAAUGUAGGCGAACGCUGUUUGGGUUUUGGCACCGACCCAGACGACGAAGAUUCGGAAGAGAAAGCCAAGCUGCUGGACGAACAACUCAACUCUGUUCCUGUAUAAAUUACUUACAAAACGGGAAUUUAUUCAAUACGAGUUGAAAACUUACCAGAGCUGACACUUGGUCUUGGGGUUCAUAGGCGAACCAGCAGGACACGAGAAUACUUUGGCAAAGUCUCGCGAGUUGCUGGCAACUCCGUUGAUGCGCCAUCGCUCCGGUGAGUGUGGGUCUGUGGCCAAACGCUGCGUCAUGCUGGCAUCACUUGCCUUAGCACAGAAGGCCUGUGCGAACGAGAUGAAGAAGAGCUUGUCCGCUGCGUUACCAGGUAAAUUACGUUCAGCUUGACUCAUCGUAGCGGUGAGUUCUUCAGUGUCUGCUUCGCUCAUCUUACUCAACUGCUCGGCUUGGUCGGUAAUGAACUCAUGGUACGCAGCGAAAGAUAACUUGACCCCUCCGUUAUCCGCGAUAUUCUCACUCAACGUGUAGUUCCCAUUGACGUGGCCCAAUACAGUGGCCGUGUCUGUACUAACCACCUUGAAGCUGUUGUACUGCUUCACCAGACAAUCUGUACGCUUCGAGAACUCGUCUGCUGUCUGGUUACUCCACCAGUCGUGGAGAUUACCGUCCCCAGCGUAAUUCCUUCCAGACGCAUCGAAGCCGUGCGUAAGUUCGUGUCCAAUGAUACUUCCAAUAGCUCCAAAGUUACGUGCAGGAUGGCGACCACGAGCAAAGAACGGAGGCUGUAGAAUGCCCGCAGGAAACACGAUCUGGUUGGCGGUUGGCUGGUAGUACGCGUUGACUGCUGCACUGGUCAUCGCCCACUUGUUGCGGUCUACAGGACCUCCUAUCCUCGCCACGACACGAUCAAACUCGUGCAGUUUAAUAACUCUCAUAUUCUCAGCCAGAGGUGCGUCGCCACGUAACUCGUAGGGAAAAUGUUCCUGAUUAGUGGAGUGACCGAUGAGGUUCGUCAUAUUCCCCAGUUUCUCCAACGCAGCCUCACGAGUAGCCCCAUCCAGCCAGUCCACUCGUCCUAGAUUCUUUUGCAGAGAGGCCUGAACUUGAGUCACCAGUUGGCUGGCAAGCUGUUGACUGGCUUCGUCGAAGCGCAAGAGAGCGAAAUAUUUGCCCACGAGGUCGGGGAAGUUGUCUGUUACGCGUUGGAGACACACUUUCCAUCUUGGAGCACGAGUCUUCUGGCCACGUAGUGUCCUGGCGAAGAAGGAAAAGCUCGCUUGGACGAAAGGCUCGCUGAGUACUGCUGCGUAGGUGCUGAUGUAUUGAUACGUCAACACUGCUUUCAACGUAUCCAGUGUAACGGAGUCUCCAGCUACCAGUCGUUCAACACUCUUGAAGAACGCAGGCGUCUCCACGAUCACAUCCGCGUUCUUGGCUUUAAGGCUGGACAGCAGUCCCGUGCCGUUGACGAACUUUGCAAACAAAAGCGGAUACUUCUCAGCAGCUUCAGCCACGCUCAUGCGGUUGUAUGAUGCUACAGGG